AUGACCGACCUGGGCAACGGCAGAACACAUAGGCACCCGCCAUGCGAUCCUGGUCCGUCCUUUGUGGGGGCCGUAAUUUCGCCCUCUCAUCGGCCAACACUCAUCAUCAACCACCACCAACGCCAACAUCAUUCAGACUUAACAAUCCUUCGUCUCGCCUGGCGGGAGCUCGUUCCUCGUCAAGCCUUUGAUCUGAUCGAUGUAAUCGAAGCAAUUGAUGUGAACUCGGAUUCGCCUCGAAACUUCCUUGUUCAUCAGUAUCAGCAUCUUCACCCUUCACCACCUCACAACCUCACCCCAACCGACCAAAAGAUGCCCUCCGUCAUCAACGGCAACCUCUCCCGCCGCCCCUACACCGUCCUUGAAUCCGCAACCCGAAUAUCCCACAUCCUCCACCACCCCUCCCUCCUCACGCCGCGCGAGGUCGUGUUGGGAAUCUACCUCGUCCACAUAACCUACUGCACCGUCCUCACGCUCCGCAGCAUCGGUUACCUCGUCUUCGAGGCCGGCGGGCAGGACAUGUGGUGCCCGGCGGACCCGCCUGUGCCAGAGUGGUAUCCGCCCGGGUGGAAGGGGGAGCUGAGUCGGUGGGAUUGCUUCCGGAUGUUGAGGUGGAUGGUGCUGAGGAGGGUUGGGGCUUUGGGGUAUGAGGUUUUUGCGUGGGGUGUAAUGGGGGUGCUGGGUGCGGUUUUGGCAGAGGAGGGGGUUAGAUGGGUUAGAAGAUGA